GCAUCCGGAUGUGUUGAAUGCAUCCCUGAGCACGCUCGACUGCGGUGAUAAGGAGCCAAAGGACCUGUGCCGCGAAGUCAAAAAGCUGAAAGCACACCGAGUGUCCUGGCAGGAGCAGUUGAGGUAUCGCUUCUUGCUGACAUCGGCUCCGAAGUGCACCUACACGGGGCGCGUCUAUCCGUUUGUGGCCUCGAAUUCCGUGGUGGCCAUGUUUUCUAACGGUCGGCAUGGCGUGAGCCAAGCGAUUUAUGCAGCCCUGCAGGACAACGUGCAUGUCAAGCUCGUGCACGAAAAGGCCUUCGUGGAAGAGAUACGAAACAUGCAAGCUUCUUGGAGAGAGCUCGCCGCUCUACCUCCACGUGCACAGUCUGUUUACGACUGGGCUACGAGCAGUGAUGUUCGGAUCUGCUACAUGUAUGAGCUUUUGCGCUCCUACAGGACGAAGCUGGCCUACAAGCCGUCAUCCGAUGGAACCAUUGCGAGGCUGUUGAAGACGACAACUUCCUCGUGCGGACAUCAGAGCUACAAGCCGGGAUCAGAGAUGGUACGCGCGGACAAAGGUCGCCGCAGCUACUGUGUCGAGUCUUGGCCGGUUCCCUCGAACGCCUCCAUGGGUGAGGCAGCCUUCACAAAGUGGUGUGCUCAAGUGCAAGCUCGAGCCCCGAAGUUCUAG